AUGGGUAAUUUGUGCAAAAAAGAACAAAAUCCAAAUAGUUCUUAUAGAUCCUCAAUUUACUACGAGCCAAGAAAAGGAAUCUGUAUAAAAGAGAACUUAAUUGAGCGAUAUUUGUUUGAUCGACGUUAAAGUCUUUUGGUACCAAGUCUGAGUAGGUUAAUAAUCAAAGAAGAACUUGGUCAAGAGACUGGGACACCGAAACUUGAUGAAAGUUUACUUAAAGGUAGUCACUUUACAUCUUGUACAUCAAAUUAAAGAGAAAGUUCUAUUACUAAUAACACAAUCUAAUUGUUAAAUGCGAAUUCUUAAGGGAAUCUUCACUCUCAUAGAAUUCGAUAUCCCAAUUCUCGAUUGAAUGAGGUGAUUUGCUGCAAAGAUUGUGGUAAUGAUUAUGACAAUUGGACAGUCGAAAAUGUGGAUGACAAUUUAGUUAAAGUACUCAUUUGGCUUUUAAAAUGAUAGUUAUAUCAUCCUCUCACUAAAUGCUACUUGAAAGCUCAAUAAAAGAGUAGUAAUGGCUAAAUCGAUGUCGGAGGUGGCGAACAAGGUGAUGUUUGGUAAAUUGAAAAACUCAAUGAUAAUAACAUAAGUAACAAAACCCUACAAUUUAUGUUUAGAAUUGCUACACUAAGACACUGGGUAUUAUUUGUAAACUAAUCUCAAUUAAUGCAAACCUGAAGGUUAAUUCAUAGUUUCUUUGUUAAGUAUCGAUUCUGGCAAACCUGAUGAUACUAGUACUCUUUGGAAAGUAAUUGAAAUUCAAUGA